AUGCGAGUGUGUGGUUGUAUGGNUGUGAUGAUCAUGGAGCUACAGAACAACUGGUUCACGGGCGUCCUCAACUACCCAGUCCUCUGUGAGAUCUUCCCCGUCAUCUUCCUCACCACCCAACAACUCAGCCCCCUCCUCGUUCUCGGCUUCACUAUCCAGAGGUACAUCGCCAUCUGCCACCCAUUUUUAAAAGAAAAAUUUUGUACGACGCGAAGAAGUUUGAUAUCCGUAGGGAUCUUGGUGGCGUUUGACAUCUCUGUUAAUGUCGUGCAAGCUUAUUUCUACCUAUACGACAAUGAGCAGCAGGAGUGCGGGAUAAGAGAAGAAGCAGUUAAAGGGCUGACAUCGCCCUGGUCCAUCCAUUCAUGGAUUACAGAGUUGGCCAUAUUCGGUGUCGUUCCUCUCACCAUAUUUGUUCUCAAUGUGAUCGUCAUCUGCGAAACUAAGAGAUUAUCAAAAGCUGAAGAAGCCUUAACGCUCAAGUACCACCAUACGACGUCGAACGUCAACCACAGACAACUGAAACCUCAAAACAAAAAUGUCAGCGACGACAACAACAACAACAGCAAAAGCACCAACAACAACAACAACAACGUCAAAAGAUUUCCAUCAAAACAAAACGACAGCGUGAUCAAUGGCAAUCAUCAGAUGAGCGUGAACAGUGCAUCGGCAUCUAACAGCAACCGCCCUUCGGCAACGACCUUCACCUUGCUUGCUGUUUCCACCUAUCUCAUCAUCACCGUACUUCCGGUAACAAUUUUCUACGUCCUCUCGCCUGCUUUCCCCGAAGGAGACUCGAACAUGACGAGAGAGCAGCAGGACAACGAUGAAAAGUGGAAAGCAUUUUUCCGCUUCGAGAACAUUAGAGAUGUGAUCGACGAAAUAGGAAAAACCCACUACGCCCUCAACUUCUACAUUUAUCUCAUAACCGGAAAUCAAUUCCGCAGGCAAUUAAAAUUACUGCUUGUGAAAAUAUUCUGUCGCGGUCGAGUGGGCAGGUCGUUCUCAAACUUCCGCGCCUCCCACCUCUCGUCGUCGUCGACGGCAGGUGGCGGUGGCUACAACCAGCAGACAUCGGUCGGCAGCAACAAACGGAUCCCGACGAGUCCCGCAUCCCCGGGAGCCACUGCUUACGACAAAACUGUCCCGCUCCUGGCUGCUAACAAGAAUUAG